AUGCCGGAUUCCGUGGCCUUCCUUGACGAGAGGCGCCUCAGCCAAUUCAAGACGGCUGAGCCUGGAGCGCGGGGGUGGCAUGAUCGGAAAUUGCCAGACGGAGAUGUGCCGGAGAAGAUCAAGAAGAUUGCCGGGUGGAAGCGGGCGAUGAAGGACUUCAUGAACAGCGACCCCAAGCUGAAUGACCUGGUGAACCUGUUCACUCAGAAGUUCGUUCAGAUGGGUCAAAGCCGAAACUUCACGCUCAGCACGUUGCUGGACCUGGCCUGGACGGUGCUGAUCCUCACCUGGGAGGCUGUGAUCAAUGACCGGCUACCGAUGAUGGACGAGGUGGAGAGGGGCUUCAAAGAGAAGUACGAGGAUUUGCAGAAGACUGUGAUGGACAUGCGGAUGCAGUACCUGGCGGAAAUCACGGAGCACCGGGACCGCAUCCGCAACGAGACCUUGAGCGCGCCCAUGCAGGUGGCUCUGGCGGAGAUCAACGACUCGGAAGAGAGCGGUGAUCACGCCGUCUACCGCUUCCAGCCGGAGGUUGCCCUGGACGCCGCCACCAUGGACUACUUCAAGGCGGCCAUGCAGGAGAAUAUGAAGGUGGCCCUCACCAAAGGUGCGGCGGCGGCAGGUGAGACGAUACAGCUGCUGAUGAGCCAGUUGAAGGAUGCGCAGACGGAGAUGGAGCGGCUCAAAGAGCAGCUGGAGGAUGCCCUGCUGCAAGCGAAGCUGAAUGAGGUCCCUGAGAAGCGAGUAAUACAGCAAAGGCGAACGUCAGUGCCUCCAGCAGUGGACGACACUGAGGUGAAGAAGUUGCAGGCUGAGUUGGAGCAGAUGAAAGCCGAGGCAGACGCGAAGAAGAAGGACAUGGACCGGUUCUGCUCCAUCUUUCAGAUCUUCGGCUUGGACGUGAACGCUUCGGUGGAGGACGCGAGGAGCUUCUUCGAGUCCUUGACGGCGCCUUCCGAGGACCCCUCCGAGGCGAACAAGCUGCGGGCCCAAAAUGCCGCCCUACUCAAGACUCAGAAGAAGCUUGAGGAGGAGAUCGAGCAGUUCAAGAAGAAGAACCUCGAGGAGACCUGCCGAAAGCUGCAGCAGCAAGUGCAGGACCUGGAGGAAGAGAUGCAGAAGCUGAAGAAGAUGUCCACUCAGACCAUGCCGGCCGGCAAGGACAAAGGCAAAGACGACCUCUCAAGCAGGAAUGCGGACCUUGAGAAGCAGCUUGCUCUUCUGAAGAAGCAGAUGGCGGACCAGAGCAAGGGAAAGGACGUGGUGGCGGACCUGAUGAAGCGCAACGAAGAGCUGGAGGCGGAGAUCGAGAAGUUGCGGACGCAGCUGAGCAAGAAGGACCAAGAGCUCGCCAGCUCCACCAAGGCGGCAGAUGUGGCCAGGAGGCAGUCCACGGACCUUAUGGCGCAGCUGGACGCGAUGCGGAAAGACCUGGAGAACGCCAAGAAGGAGCUUGCCGAAGAGAGGCGCCGGUCCAGCACCCGGCCGCCGCCGGAGAGUGACGGAGGCGAGGAGACGGAGCGGGCGGCCAAACUCCAGGAGAAGCUGCGGCAGUCGCGGCAGGAGGUGGAGGUGCUCAAGCAGGAGAACCAACAGCUCCGGGACGCCCUGGACGAGGCGAAGAUCAUGCGGAAGGCCUUGGAGCAGGCCAUGGAGGAGCUCCGGAGGAAGUUCGAGGACUUCAAGAAGAGGCUUCAGGAGAAGGGCGUGGAUGUACGCCUUUUGGAUGAAGCCCUGGCGGAAGCAGGCAUGCCGCUGCACCCGAUGAACGUCUUCGACCGGCUCUACCAAGACGCGGUGAGGCGCUUCAACCGCUUCCAGGAGAAGUGGGUCAUCGACAUGCGGAAUGCCCAGCAAGAGACCUGGGAGCGGAUCUUGGGCAUCUACGACGGCCCCCCGCUGUCACGGGAGCAGGUGACGGCGCUGGUGAAGGGCGGGCUCUUGGACGUGAGGAGGUUCGCCUUCGACGACGCGCCAGCGCUGAGCUCCUGCCCCAACUGUGGGGCAAACCUGAGGGCGGCCACUCCGGAGAGGCUGAGCUUCCGGCCGCACAGCCAGCCCUCCGAGGCCCGUCGCCCCAAGCUGGAGCGGAUGCGGACCUGGGGCGGCGCGCUGUCGAUGCCCAAAGGCACCACCUACACCUCGGCGGAGGCGCUGACGAGCCGAAGGGAUUUGUACCUGGACAUCGUGGGCUUCCACCCCAAUGCGCCCCAGGAGCGCAAAGCCUUUGCCAUUGUGAGUGAAGCUGACCAGUACCACCGCCACAUGCACCUCCAGCGCUUCGACGACUCCCCGAAGACUCCCAAGCCUUUGGUCUCGCCCAAGGUGUCGGAGCGCCAGGGCACACCCACCACUCCGGGCAAGGAGCUGUGCGUAAGCCCCACCAAGAGUCGGCCCAAGCUGGCGGCCAUGGACACGAGCAGCGCCAUGAGCAUGGAUCUGACCGAGCCUGAGGUGGCGCCGCCCCCGCUGGCCGCGCCGGUGGCGCCCCCGGUGGCGCAGCGCCGCGUCAGCGCCCAGAAGCUGGAAGGGAAGGGCCUGAAAUCCACCGCUUCCGCCUUCGAGCCUUUCACCGCGGUGAUCAGCGGCUCCAAGGCGCUGCCGUUGCCACAGAUCGCCAGCGCCCCGCAAAUCCCGCAGAUGCCGAUGCCGCAGCUGCGCAGCGGCCCGAAGGGCCGCAGCCGCUCGCCCACGGAGCGGCCCCAGAAGCGCCUCAGCCGCACGGAAUCCCAGCCGCAGAAGACCCGGCGGGAGGUCGACAUCUCCAUUUCAGGAAUUGCAGCCUCACCCCCGCGGUGA